AUAAAUAUCAAAGACAAAUUUGAACGAAACGAAAUAAAAUUUGAACACGGGGAUACACGCUGCACGAGUCACGUGGCAUUAUCCACCUUUCGCCCGUGCGACAUAGCUUUCGCCUGAUUGGUCGCGGCUCCCAUUGCGGUGUUAUGGCGGCGCCGUGCAUCUUCGUUGGAUGAGCGAUGCGCAAAUAAAGAAAGAUAGAAAGAGAAAGAACGAUGUAAUCAUCUCUUCCGAGUGCAUAAAAAGACAGAUUGAAAGAGAGAGAGAGAGAGAGAAAGAAAGAAAUACGAGCUUUUCGUCGCAUUCUUUUUUUACGAUCUUCCCUCUAUUAAAAAAUAGUGGAGAAGAAGAAAAAAGAAAUUAAAAGAUAAGUUAUAUAGAUCGUUAAGAGAGAAUCGCGUGAUUGGCCAAUCGGCGAUCGAUUUUCGAGUGAGUGCAAACGCGCGAAAGGUUGUGGGAGGACAAGAAGAAGAAGAGGAAGUAGAAGAAGAGAAAGGUUUGCAAGGCCGUAACUAAAGAGUCGUCGACACCGGGUGCAUCGUUCGAGAAGGGCGUACGAGAGGACAUACCACCCCUCUUGUGUUUUAACUGUUCUCGUUCGUUCAUUCGUUCGUUCGUUCGUUCGUUCGUUCGUUCGUUCGUUCGUUCGUUCAUAUGUUCCUUUACCCGCACGGUUGCCUCCUCUCUAUCGAUCAAAUGAGAGAAAACGGUAUCCUCGUAUAGACCUCCUGUAGAGCCUCCUUUUGUCGUCGUAAGUCGGCGCAGCAUUCGACCGGAAUUUGUCGUCGUCAAAAAUCGGUUUUCGCCGACAAAACAGCGACAGUAGCAACAGUAACAGUAGCGGCAGUAGCAUCAGCGGCAGAAGGCAGUAAUAGUAACAGAAACAAAAAACAGAGAAAGAAAGAAAGAGACGUGCGGGUUCGUCCGUCGUGGAGGCAAGAUGAUCCUCCGUCGAAAAUCUGUGCACAGCUGCAACUGUCCCUGUCAUCAGCAUUGCUCGACGAGAUGCGCAGAAGAUGUUGAGAGUAUGACUGGCGAAAUAGAGAAUGGGGAUCUUGCAGUUCGAGAUGUUGCAGACCUUCUUCAACCACAAUAUGCUAUAAUUGCUGGCGGAAAGACUAAAGAAGGAUGUCCAAUAAUUACCUUUCCUGAUAAUGGUAGCUUCCAUAAUUUGACUGAUUUGGAUUAUCAGCGUCUCAUGCUAUAUCUCACUUCAGUGCCAACUUUACAAGAAGCUGAUCUUGGAUUCCAUUUAAUUAUCGAUAGAAGAAAUGAUAAAUGGAAUUCAGUCAAAACAGUCCUGUUGAAAAUUUCUGGAUUUUUCCCUGGAUUGGUACAUGUAGCAUAUGUUUUGCGACCAGCUGGUUUUUUACAAAAAGCUAUAUCAGAAGUGUCAAAUAAAUUGUUCAGAGAAGACUUUAAAUUUCGAGUUAUAUUUUUAGCAAAUGUUGCCGACCUCCAUGAGUUUGUAGAUAAAGAUCAACUUACUGAGCAACUAGGUGGGAAUUUAUCAUACUGUCAUCAUACUUGGAUACAAAAUAGAAUUAGUUUAGAAAAAUUCUCAUCAAUGACACAAGAUGUAUCACUUGCAUUGGAUUCUUUUACUCGGCGUUUAGCUGAAAUAGAAUUUCCUAAUAAUACGAUUGCUACUACAACUUUAUUAUCUCAACAGCAAGCAGAAUAUAAUGAAUUGAAAGAAGAAAUUCUUAGUGCCGCUAGACAUGGGGAGGCUCUUUUAGAUAGUGUGCGACAAUUAACUGGCAAAGGUACACCAGAUAGAUUAGGAAAUGUUGCAGCAGUAGAAAGAUUACUUGUGCAACUGGAAGAAACCGAACGUACAUUUGAUCUAUUUUGGUCACAUCACAGUUCACGUUUGAGACACUGUCUAGCCUUGAGACAGUUCGAACAAGACUUUAGAGAACUACAAACCACAUUAGAUCAACAUUUAAAAACUGUCGAAGAAAUGACAGAAGUUGGGGAGACUCAAGCAAGAGUUGAACAAUUGCUCUGUGAUACAUCAGCAUUUCAAAGAAUAUGCAGGGGAGACAUAGAUCGUGCUGAGGAAGUGAUAUCUGCAGGUCAACAAUUGUUAUCUGGAAGACACCAAUGUCCUGCAGAUGUUGUAGAACCCAAAUGCGUGGAGCUCCAGAGGAUUUGUACUAUCCUUAGUCAACGAUUAGAAAGGCGUUUGCAUAUGUUAACAAAAUGCAGAGAACUCAUGGAGCGUAUAGAUAAGGCUAAUACUUGGUGUACACGUGGUAUAGAAUUGCUUGCAUCACAAAACAGCACAACACCUCCAGACCAAGCUCUUCAAGAAUUACAACAAUUAAUAGAAGCUGCAGAAGAAUUUCAUCAUCCUAGGUGUAUUUUCCAAGAUUCUGUCAUGCCAGAAACUAAAGCACUUAUUACUCAGGUUUUACAAAGAAUAGAAGAUGUAUCUUUGAUGUGCGAUAAAAGAAUUAUGGCACUCAAGCAACAAUUAAUUAAACCAACAAGACCAGUUCAAACCGUAACACCAGAACCAGUAAAGCCGUUACAAUCACUGCCUCAAAUAGUAAAACCUGGUAGAAUUUUGAAGAAAGCCAAUACAAUGCCAAAGAUGGAAAUGAGCCCUAUAGAAGGAGAAUCUUCAUCGCCAGAAAGUGAACCAAGGGAUAUAGAAGCUUUGCGUUUAAAACGGGGUCAUGUUUUAGCAGAACUUGUUGAUACAGAGCGGAUUUAUGUUGCUGAAUUAGGUUCGAUUAUUAAAGGUUAUAAAAUAGAGUUAACGAAUGAAGCAAUGGCUCAUCUAAUACCAACAGCACUAGUCGGCAAAGCCGAUGUAUUAUUUGGGAACUUAGAGGAAAUUUGCAUUUUUCAUGGGGAGACAUUUUUGAGGGAUUUGGAAAACUGUAUUUCAAAUACUGAGCUUGUUGCUCUUUGUUUUGUUCAAAGGAGAGAGAUAUUCUUCAGGCUGUAUAGUUAUUACUGUCAAAAUAUUCCAAGAUCAGAAAGAUUACGCGAGCAGAUACAGAAUGAACCCCAAUUUUUAGCAGCGUGUCAGCAAAGACUUGGUCACAAACUUCCACUUGCAGCUUAUCUUCUAAAGCCUGUUCAAAGAAUUACUAAGUAUCAACUGUUAUUGAAAGAUUUGUUAAAGUAUAGCGAUGAACCAUCAUGUUGCACAGAAUUGCAGGAAGCUAUAGACUGUAUGUUGGUUGUAUUAAAAUGUGUUAACGAUAGCAUGCAUCAAACCGCCAUUACCGGGUUUGGUGGCGAUUUAAGUGCACAGGGUGAACUUUUAUUGCAAGGUUCAUUUAGUGUUUGGAGUAGCAGUAAACGUGAACUUAAUCUUUUAAGAUUAAAACCAUCACAACGACAUAUAUUCUUAUAUGAAAAAGCGCUUAUAUUUUGUAAGCAUAGCAAGCCUCAAGCACACAAUAAAGCUACUUAUCAUUUCAAAAGAUACUUGAAGAUGUCUCAGAUUGGUUUGACAGAGUCAGUAAAAGGUGAUGCAAGGCGAUUUGAAAUUUGGCUCCAAGGUAGAGCUGAGGUUCAUACAAUACAAGCACCUAGUAUAGACGUCAAGCAGUCUUGGGUAAAACAAAUCAAAGGUGUUUUGAUGUCUCAAUUAGCUGAACUUAAAGGGAAACAAAACUCGGCGCUUGGAAAAUCUAAUCACAAACCUUUGCGCCAAACAAUCUCUUGGGAAGCUCAAAAUAGUGUUUCGGGAUCUUUACGCACACUUUCAGUGGAUGGCAAUAGCGUUAUUUCACAUAUAACAGAUGUGUCUCAGUCAACGGAAGAUGAUGUCGCUUGGAGUUCAGAAAAUAGUAAUACUGACGAUGAAGAUGCUUUUGGUGACAGUCCUGGUCCAGCACCUGGUGGAAGAUAUGUAGCAUUAGCAGAUUAUUGCGCUGUUGGGCAAUCUGAAGUCACUAUGCAUGAAGGUGACAAUUUAGAACUUCUGAAAGUUGGUUGCGCAGGUUGGUGGUUUGUUAAACUCAUAGGGACAGGCGUUGAGGGAUGGGCACCCGCCGCUUAUUUGGAGCCAAUGAAUCGGAAAACAUCACGCAGUUCUCAGUCAGUGAAUAGUCAAGAGACUAUAUGAAAUAGGCGAUUAACACAUUAGAUUGACUAAUGUGUUACCAUUAAUCCAUUACACUGUUGAGGAAUAUCAAUUGUUGAUAUUAACUGUUAAUAACGGUAUUUUGAAACUUUUUUCAAGAGGAAUAUACAAAGAAGACACAAUGAAAUUCUCUUCUAUAGAUUGCAGCUAAUGAUUUGUAUAUGGACUUACACUUUUCUGGUAAGAUAUUGUGACAUGCAUUUGGAUAACGUUUACUUGAUUUUUUAAACAUGUCCAAUAUCCGACAUGGAAUGAUAUAUUGAAGCGAGGAAGAUUUGUUGGAUUUUAAUUAUUGAGAGACAAGGAGAUAAUUUAUUAUAUCGGAUAAUGUAAGAAUGUAUGAGAGAAAUGAAUUUGAUAAUUGCGCAUUGCAUUAAAUCGUUUGCAAUGUUUCUUGAAUAAAUAGCGCUUACAUUAAUACAAAAGUGUACCUACUAUUGGAUAUAUCUAUGUGAAGUUAGAGAAAGAUAUUGUAUUGUACAAAAAAAUUGCUCGGUGAUGAAUUCCCAAAAAUAUGUGCACGCACAUAUGUAUAUUUAGAAUUAAACAAUCGCGUUUGUAUAAUAAGGAAUAUGCAGAUUUUAAGUCUGUAUUACACAUUAAAGCAAUGGAAUAAGGAGGUAAAGCUGCUGAUUUAUAUGAAUACCAUCCUUGCAGUGUUAUUCAAUAAUAUUUUAACAAAUGCAAACUACACGUAAAGUUUGCAAAUAGUAGUCUUAACAUGUGACCUGUACAAUUAGUUAUAUCGGUUAUAUGCAAAUAUUCCAAAGUUACUACCAUUAUAUAGAGUAUUAUUGUUUAAUAUAUCAUUCAUAUGAAUGUUAUUUUCUUUGAUAUUAAAAAAACAAAAGUGCAUGUAACUGAAUAAAUGCAAUAUAUUUUCCUUGUACGCUUUUUCUCACGAUAUUCGUUAAGAUUACGAAUUUGUACCUUUAGAAUAGAAUUAUUAUCUAGUUUCUUUCCAUAUAAGCAAUAUAGUACAAUUUAGAUUAGAUAUUCUUUAAGUAUUAUUACGUGAUAUAUAUAUAUAUAUAUAUGAUAGAGAAUAUUUGCAUACUAUCGGAAAAUGGUCACUUUGCCUUGAGAGGUGAAAUGUGUGAUACAUACAAUGUUAGUUUUCAUGCUUCUGUGAUUAAUAAUUAUUUUACACACAUGCAGAAGUAUUUAGUUAUGAUAUAUUGCCAUUUUUAGGAUAUUACAUAAUAUUGUUAAUGAGUCAUCGCGACCAAAUAACUGAACAUUUUCAACAAUCAUGAAUAAAAAUUUGGCUAAUAAAAAUGUUAAAAUAAUACGCAAAGUGAAAUGAUUGUGAGAUGUACACAAUUCUUCUAGAUGAUAAAAUGUUAACACCAAGUAUCAUGCAAUAUUAAAAAAAAAAAAAAAAAAAAAAAAAAAAAAAGAAAAAAAAGAAAAAAAUAGAAAAAAAAGAAAAAGAAAAAAAAGAAAAAAAAGAAAAGAAAAGAAAAAAAUAAAUAAAUUGACUACGAUAAUAUCUCUAAUCUUAAAGAUACAUAAUAUUUUAGGAAUCAAACAGACAGUCUCAGUUUUAGCAAAAUGCGUAAUCCACAAAUAAAUUCAUAAUAAUAACAUGUGUACAUAUAAUUUGUACUCAGAGUUUGUAUGGACAUAGAUAACACAACUUAACUUAAAAAGCGUCUAUCUGCUUUCUUUCACUAAGUACUAUGCAGGAACUAUGUGCAUUAAAUCAACGGUAUUAUCUAUAAAAAAUUAUUACUUGAUAAGUUUUAUUUAAAUUACAUUUUUCACACUAAAUACAGGGUUCCAAUGUAAUUAUUAGACACAUAUAUUUAUUAAAUAUGAAUUAUUUAUUUUUGCAAUCUACAACAAGUAGAAAAGCAAAAUAUAGAAAAUAUAAAAUUUAUGUAAUUUAUAUAGUUUUACGAUUAUUAUCUAUUAUAUUUGUUAUUUACAAAGAAUUCAAAUGCAAUAGAAAUUUGUAGUUUAUAUAUUUUUAUCCAUUUUCACGCCGUCCUCAUACUAAUUCUAAAAUUUUGAUCAGAUAAACUAAAUCUAUUUAAUUAUAUAUUAUUCAUGUUUUUGUUAGAUUUUCUUUAAAAGUAUUAAAAUAAGUAAUUAUAUUUGAAUAAAACACGAUAUUAUCCAAGUCUAUGUUUACAUACGAGAAAAAUUUUAAAUACUGUGCAAUCUAAGCCCGACGAUUUAGCAGAUUUUAUUUAUAAUAGGUAACAACAAGUUUACCUGCAUAAUACAGCUUUACGUGAAAAGAGGUUUUAUAUGUUUAUGCUGUUAAAAAAAUAAUUCUACCAUCUAAGUAUGUUCAUAUAAUCUUUGCAAAAUAUGAUCUUUUAUUUAUACUUUAGUUAGAAGACAAGCUGUAAUAUCCAUAAGUAGAAAAAGUGAUUUAAUCAUUAAAAGAGAUUUUGUAGCAACUAUACAUAUAUAGACAAUAAUCUUGUCCAUUGUUAAAUGAUAUUAUUCAACUUUUAAACAUUUUGUGAACAUGAUAACAAUUCACAAUAAUAAUAUAACAAUAUCGCCAUACUUCCCUAAAUACACUGGCAAAUAUAAGCAGAUUCUUGCAUACAAAUUCUUGCUGUAGGUAAUCUUGAAACUAUAAUAAGAGUUAAGAUUUGAAACAUUAUGAAUGUUUGCAGAUCAAUGAGCUCUUGUUGCUAUAGUGAGAUCAACUGCUUUUUACUAAAGGGUUCCUUUUGUUGUUCCUUUGAGAAAAAGAGGAAUAAAUUAUAUUUUUACACAUAAUUUGGAUGCAGAAAUUGCUUCUAUUUGCUGUAAAUGCUAUUAUAUAUUGACAUAUACAGAUUUCUCAAUUCAUAUACUUAAGAACAGUUAUAAGAAAACUAAUUAUAUGGGAUCUUACUUUGGGGAACAAAAUUCUGGAUUUAUCCUAUAGUCUGGUAAUAAACGGCCAUAUAUUUUUCUGGAGUAUUAUGAAAUAUUAUUUAUAUCAGGGUUAUAUUUCAAGUUUAUUUUCUUCUUGAAGCAAUAGAAUUUUGGUUCUCAAGGACAUAUAAACAAAAACAAAUUUAUAACGAAAUUGUUAUUAUUUUGUUUUAGAUCAAUAUUUUUAUAAUAAUUAAUUUUAGCUAUAUGUUCAAUAUAAAUUGUAUGUUGCUUCAUGAAAAUAUUCAUUCAAAGAUAAAAACGUAUUACAGAAUUUAAUAUAAAAUGCAAAUUAUAUUGCAUUUAUUUUCAUACUUCCUAUGUAUAUUUUUAAAGAAAUAUAAGUGAGAGCAGGUAUAAUAUAUCUUAGUCAUUUGUUGCGUUAAAUGUUUCUUCUUUUUUUUUUUUUAGCAAUUGUUUGUUUUUAUGUGGGAUCAUAUUAUUAAAAGUAAUAAAUGAUAUUAUUGUGUAA